CAUCGACUUGCAGACUUUUUAUAUAAAGUAUCUACAAUCACAUCACAAAUCUGUUAAAAAGCUUAUUAAUUUUCGUUUCGCUGUGUGUGCUAAUGUUUCCGUUUCCGGUUGUUCCGAGGACGAAUGUAAACGUCUCGUGCACGGUGUGUAUGAACGAGACGUUAACCUGAGUGGGUUUGAACGUUAAUGUUAAUGCUAAUGCUAAUGUAAAGGCUUAAGGUAAGUGGAUAAACUAAGGACGAAUAUUUGGAGGUAUUUUAUGAGUUUUAGAGGGUUUAUUUUAGAGAACUGGUUCAUAUCGCGUUUACGGGUCGCCUGUUUGUCAGGAGGGAACUCAUUAAGGUUAUUUCUGUUACACUGUGUGUUUAAUCCUGAGGAGGAAAAUAAACACCAGAUAAUAAUUAACUGAGGAUGGAAACAGCAGCCGAUACGAUAUUAUCACGGUACCGCGCGAUGGAACGCGAGGGAUGAGGACGCUAGCGGGAGCGCUCAGUGAGCGAGGCGUCCCGAGAGAGACAAGGGGCCAUUGAUGAGUCUCGCUGUAGAAGUCGCGGCCAGGCCAAACACGCAACCACACACACAACCACACGCAUCGCUGAGUGAAUGUUGAUGAGGUGUGUGUAUGUGUGUGAUAGACUGUGUGUGUAUGUGUGUGUGUGAGUGAUCAUGGCACCGGGUGACACGGCGGCUCAGACCGUAAAGCAGCACAAGCCCAGGACGAUGUGCGCGUCCCGUACGGCCGAGGCAGAGUGCGCGGCCGACGGCUCGUUCGUCUUUGAGGCUCAAGAAGCCUGGAAGGACUUUCACAACUCGCUGCGGCAGUUUUACGAGAACGGGGAACUCUGUGACGUUACGCUAAAGGUGGGCACCAAGCUGAUCCCCUGCCACAAGCUGGUGCUGGCGUGCGUGGUCCCGUACUUCCGUGCCAUGUUCCUCUCGGACAUGGCCGAAGCCAAGCAGGAGCUAAUCGAGAUCCGCGACUUCGACGGCGACGCCAUCCAAGACCUGGUGCGCUUCGCCUACUCGUCCCGCCUGACCCUGACGGUGGAGAACGUCCAGCCGCUGCUCUAUGCUGCCUGCAUCCUGCAGGUGGAGCUGGUGGCACGGGCGUGCUGCGAAUACAUGAAGGCCCACUUCCACCCGUCCAACUGCCUCGCCGUGCGCACCUUUGCCGAGAGCCACCACCGCGUGGACCUGAUGGACAUGGCCGACCGCUACGCCUGCGAGCACUUCAGCCAGGUGCUGGAGAGCGACGACUUCACACGCGUCUCGCCGCAACACCUCAAGACUCUGCUCAGCUCCAGUGACCUCAACAUUCACUCCGAGACGCAGGUCUACGACGCCGCCAUCAAGUGGCUCAAAGCCAAUCCACAGCACCACGAGCUCUGGCUCAAUCAGAUCAUGACUCAGCUGCAGGUGCGUCUUCCUCUGCUUCCCGUGGACUUUCUCACAGGCACCGUGGCCAAAGAGGAGAUGAUCAAGGCCGACCUGAGCUGCAGAGACCUGCUGGACGAGGCCAGGAACUACCACCUGCACCUCAGCAACAAGAGCGUGCCUGACUUCGAGUACUCGGUCCGCACCACGCCUCGCAAGCACACCGCGGGCGUACUGUUCUGCGUGGGGGGCCGCGGUGGCUCAGGUGAUCCGUUCCGCAGCAUCGAGUGCUAUUCCAUCAGCAAGAACAGCUGGUUCUUCGGGCCUGAGAUGAACAGCAGACGGAGACAUGUGGGAGUCAUUUCUGUCGAAGGAAAGGUGUACGCUGUGGGCGGCCAUGACGGCAGCGAGCACCUGGGCAACAUGGAGAUGUUUGACCCGCUCACCAACAAGUGGAUGAUGAAGGCCUCCAUGAACACAAAAAGGCGAGGCAUAGCACUGGCCACACUCGGGGGUCCGAUCUACGCAAUAGGAGGUCUGGACGAUAACUCGUGCUUCAGCGACGUGGAGCGUUACGACAUCGAGGCGGACCGCUGGAGCUCCGUCUGCCCCAUGAACACCCCUAGAGGAGGAGUGGGCUCUGUCGCUUUAGGGAGCCACGUGUAUGCCGUAGGAGGGAACGACGGCGUCGCCUCGCUGUCGAGCGUCGAACGCUUCGACCCGCACCUCAACAAGUGGAGCGACGUGCGAGAGAUGGGGCAGAGGCGCGCAGGAAACGGAGUGAGCGAGCUCAACGGCUGCCUUUACGUCAUAGGUGGGUUUGACGAUAACUCCCCGCUCAGUUCAGUGGAACGCUUCGAUCCCAGGAUGAACCGCUGGGACUACGUGACUGAGCUCACCACGCCCAGGGGUGGAGUCGGUGUCGCCACGGUAAUGGGGCGGGUCUUUGCUGUUGGCGGGCACAACGGCAACAUUUACCUGAACACGGUGGAGGCGUUCGAGCCGCGGAUGAACAGAUGGGAGCUGGUGGGCUCGGUGUCUCACUGCAGGGCCGGAGCGGGCGUGGCCGUCUGCGCCACACACAUCAGUCAGAUUCGAGACGUGGGUCAGGGUUCGAGCAAUGUGGUGGACUGCAUGUAGGGACACGCACAGAGUAUGGAGACACAACACAGUGUCCACACACACACACACAUACACACACACAUACAUACAUACACGUAUAUAGUACAAUGGUCCUAAACACCACAAACGCUCCAACACUCCACAGCUGUAAAAACGUUAACAUCUGUGCUCCUAUUACACACUCCAAGUACAACACAGAUACCCAAAAA